CGCAGUCAGUCUGGCCGCCCCGCCCCGCCCCGCGGCCCUGGCCCGCCCCGCCCCGUCCGGUGGGCGACGCGCCGCAUGGAGGCCGGCUGAGGAGCGCCGCCCCGCCUGGCUUCACGCGUCACUGCCAGAGCUGCUGCCAGCCAUGGAGGGGCCGGAGGAGCAGCCGCCCCGCGAGCUGAGGGCCACGCUGGGCGCCAUUGGGAGCGUGUCGGGGGCACAUGCCCCGCGGUCCCCCAGGCCGGGGGCAGCACAGCCUCAGCGCCUCCUCCCUCUGCAGGCUGACACGGAGCCCGUCGUGACUUCAGGGGCCUCAGAGGCGGUGCCCAGGGUGCUCCCCGGAGACCCCCAGAACCUGUCCGACGUGGACGCGUUCAACCUGCUGCUGGAGAUGAAGCUGAAGAGGCGGCGAGAGCGGCCCGACCUGCCGCGCACGGUGACUGAGCUGGUGGCGGAGGACGGCAGCCGCGUGUACGUGGUGGGCACGGCCCACUUCAGCGACGACAGCAAGCGGGACGUGGUGAAGACUAUCCGGGAGGUGCAGCCCGACGUGGUGGUGGUGGAGCUCUGCCAGUACCGCGUGUCCAUGCUGAAGAUGGACGAGCGCACACUGCUGCGCGAGGCCAAGGAGAUCAGCCUGGAGAAGCUGCAGCAGGCCAUCAGGCAGAACGGCGUGGCGUCCGGGCUGAUGCAGAUGCUCCUGCUGAAGGUGUCCGCCCACAUCACCGAGCAACUGGGCGUGGCCCCCGGCGGCGAGUUCAGGGAGGCCUUCAAGGAGGCCAGCAGGGUGCCGUUCUGCAAGUUCCACCUGGGCGACCGGCCCAUCCCUGUCACCUUCAAGCGGGCCAUCGCUGCCCUCUCCUUCUGGCAGAAGGUCAAGCUGGCCUGGGGCCUGUGCUUUCUGUCGGACCCCAUCAGCAAGGACGACGUGGAGCGCUGCAAGCAGAAGGACCUGCUGGAGCAGAUGAUGGCAGAGAUGGUGGGUGAGUUCCCCGACCUGCACCGCACCAUCGUGUCGGAGCGCGACGUUUACCUGACCUACAUGCUGCGCCAGGCUGCCCGCCGCCUGGAGCUGCCGCGCGCCUCUGACGGUGAGCACAGCGCCCGCGGGCACGGGGCCCCGCAGGGAACGGGGGUGCUCAGGUGUCAUGCGUCUCCCACCCCAGCCGAGCCCAGGAAGUGCGUUCCUUCCGUGGUGGUGGGCGUCGUGGGCAUGGGCCACGUACCUGGCAUUGAGAAGAACUGGACCACCGACCUCAACAUCCAGGAGAUCAUGACCGUGCCCCCGCCGUCAGCCUCGGGCAGAGUGUCCCGCCUGGCCGUGAAGGCCGCCGCCCUGGGCCUGCUUGGCUACGGCCUCUACUGGACGGGGCGCCGUGCCGCCAGCCUGCUCCUGGCCCUGCCCGCCGCCCGGCGCUGCCUGCAGAGGCUCUGCGAUGCCUGGCCGCACAAGUAGCAGGACAGACUGGAGCCAGCGCCCGUGCCGGGGCGCCCCUCGGGGGUCUCGGCCCAGCUUCUGCCCGCCCCCAGCCCGCCCAAAUAAAAGAGUUGUUCACUGUCUGAGCUCGGGCUUCCCCGCAGCCCCUCCGCACACCCGCUGUGGGCUGUUAGGAGGCUCACGGGCCGGGACGAGCCGCGGGGCAGGGGCAGGGGCGCGGGAGGCCGGCCAGCCCCUUCCUCACUGUGCCUUCUCUCCGAGGCGGGCUGCGGGGGUGUCUCGCAGGGGGUCGGGGCCACUCCCUGGGGGCAGGCUGCGGCCAUGCAGCCUUGGGGUGUCCCCUGGGGGCGACUUGGCCAGGCUCAGGCCCCAGGAAGCGCCAGCAGCAGCUCUGCCUGCAGAGAUUCUGUGUUUUGGGCUUUUAAAAACGUCUGAAACUUUUUUACUCAGGUAAUUUUAACUUAAACUGAAGCAAACGUCAGGAAAUACUAGCCUUAAAUCUGGUUGGGACCUAGCACAUCUUUUUCUUGAGUCUCAGUCCUGGGAAGAUGAGCUUGUAGGGCACGUCCGCUCCACUGUGGGCAGCCAGGCCGGCCCCGAGCCUGCCUCCAGCUGCCGGAGGCCCAGGACCCCACCCUCCCGGGUGGCUGACCCUGCUACCUGUGCAGCUGGCGGACGGACCCGGGGUCUCCCUUGCCCUCUGGACAGACGGUGGCUGCCAGCAGGGCAUCCACCUUGCACGGGACCCAGCCUGGGCGCAGUCGGGCCCCACACCGCACUGCCCUGUCGCCGCCUGUCCGCGUGUCUCCUGGUCUCCUGUCGGUGGCGUAGCACCUGGGGCCCACGGCCUCGUCCGAUUGUGUGUGUUGACUCAGUGUCCAGAUGAGGUGAAAUCCACACCACGGGCUGGACCAGGUCAUUGUCAUUCACAUGCUCGUAUACCCGUCCCUUAGAAACUGAAAUAAAAUCUAAUUUUGGAA